AAAUCCCUUCUACAGUUCUACUUGACUCCUGACUUCGUUUUCCGAGUUCUUCGGCCUUGUACCUCUUUCCCUCUUUCCGUAACUUUCUUCUUUCAAUCUGCCCAAUUUCCGGUGGUUCUCAUUCCGGGCGAUUGAUGCGUCGCAUCUUUCAGACUGUUGAUGAUGUCUGGGCACUCAAGGAGUGAUAACGACAGUCCUUUUGAUGUCGACGAACUUCUGCAGAUUCAGACGAGAUGCCGGGAGCUUUGGAAAGAGAAGGACAUGCUGAGAGAAUCACAGCCCCAGAGCUUUGAAUUCUUAAGGGGGUUAGAAUCACAUGUGAAGUCUCUGACUGGGGCUCGUGCGAAAGACACAAGACGCAUAGAAAUGUUGGAAAGGGAGCUAUUAAAUUGCUCUCAAGAGAUAGAUUACUUUCAAGAUCAACUCAGUGCAAGGAAUGCUGAGGUGUUCAGUUUAGGGAAGCAUGUCGAUGAGCUCGAGUUAAAAUUAGUCAAGGUGCAUGAUGUAGAAAUGAAGAAUCACCAAUUAUGUGACGAAUUAGAACGGUCCAAGUCAGAAAAUCAGUUGUUGAUUAAAGAACUAUAUAGCAAAGAGGUGGAGCUGAAACGUUCAUCUUUAGUUAUAAAGACACUAGAGGAGUCAAUUUGCUCUGUAACCCUAGAUUCUCUGUGCGAAAUUGAGGGCAUGAAGCUUGAUAUGAUGGUUUUAGAGCAACCUUCCUUUGAAGUUCAAAAAGCUCAAGAAGAACCCAUUCAAGAAAAUGUAUCCAUGAAUAAGCUAAUCAAAGAACUGGAGAUUCAGAUUCUGAAUAAUCAAAAAGCUGCUGAAGAUUUAGAAAGGGAAAAUAAAGAACUGAGAGAUAAGCUGAGGGCAUCAGAAAUAAGUGCUCAAGAAUAUCUUCAGAUGAUUGACAAAGUGCUAAAACCCACGUGUAGCAAGACCGGAAGCAGUACAAAGGUGUCUAAUGAAAUGAGUGCUUGUGGGGAGGUGCUUGGUGAACUCUUUUUGAAGCUCCCAAUGCUAUUGGAAGCAGAAGGGGAUUCAAAGGGGCAACUUAACAGUAUGUCAUGCCUGAUAAACGACUAUGAAGCUAUUGUGAGAAACCUUAAGGAAGAACUGAAAGAGCUCAAAUUAAAAGCAAAGGAAGAAGCUGAAGACUUGGCACAAGAAAUGGCUGAGUUGAGGUACGAAACAACAAGUUUACUUGAAGAAGAGCGCAAACGGCGUGCUUCCAUUGAACUAGCAUCGAUACAAAGAAUAGCUGAAUUAGAGUCGCAGGUUCAAAAAGAAAAAAGGAAGUUGGUUGCUGCUAUUGGCCAUCUCAAUGAAGCAUAGAAGAGGGUCUCAUAGAGAACUUGAAGGCUUGUUUGUUAAAUGUUUGAAGUUUUGAAUCAAGGUAUGCAUUUCUGUUGUAUCUUGGGCUUUCUGAAGCUGCUGGAAACACAAAUGACUGUUGUUUUGUUUAUUAUGGUUUGGUUUUACAUCUACAUUUGCCAUUGGCUAACUGUUCGACAAUCCUGGAGUCACUGAGGGUUCUGUUGAUACAUACAUGAAAAGGUGAGUAAAAUAAAAGAAAAACGAGGAGCAUAUUAACUAAUUCACCAUGUUGUGCGUGGGGGUGCAGAAAGAAAGAUAUAACAACACGGGAAUUUACUCACAGAAAGUGAUAACGUGUAGAUACCUCUUAGUUGAAUGUGUGGAUUUAUGCAAUUUCUUGUUAUGCUGCCAGUGAAACAUUUCCUAAUCUCCAAAGACUGGAAUUGUAGGAGGGCUGGCAUCCGCACACAAAUAGAACUACACUGCAGUAGAACACUUGGGCAAGAUCCAGAACUUAUCAAAGUUGAUGGAGCAGAGCAGAGGUUUCAUGAUUGGAAUUUACGCUGCCAUCUGGUUGUAUCAAGAACGUUGUCAUCUGGUUGUCCGUGACAAGUGGUAUCAGACACGGAAUACGAGAAUGAGUAAGCUUGUACUUGAGUAGCACGAAUGCCUUGUCUUGCUUUUCACCCCAACAGAAAAACAACAUUCUUCUUGAUGAUUGAAGUUUAUGGUGCGGCUAUGGUGCUGAAAUUUGACACAAAUCGUCGUUAAAAACCAGCCAGGCCAUGAAAGCUCCUCAAGUUAAUGACAUGAUUUGUUCUUCGGGAAGUGAAGCACUUCCUGACCAGCAAAAUAUUGUCAAUGAUGAGAUGACCCUUAACAAAACCAUUUAGUAAUGGCCCAAUAAUAGAGGUAAGAAACUCCCAAAGUUGAAUGGUCAAGACUUGGGAAAUUACCUUAUAAACUACCAGGCAAAGGCCAAUCGCCACAUUCGGCACAUGGAAUCUUCCAGUUGUAAAUGUUGAAGUUCUUGCUGAGUUAUGGAUUGACACAUUCGGCACAUGGAAUCUUCCAGUUGUAAAUGUUGAAGUUCUUGCUGAGUUAUGGAUUGACCUAUUCCAGGUCUUUUUGAAUAUGUCCCGGCAAUAUAAUAGCAUCUACAUAGUUGCCUCAAGUUGAC